AUGGCUGAGCCCAUCCGUAACAAGCGCCUUGAUCCGGCCACCGCGCCUACGCCGCAAAAUACCCCCCUUCAAAAUGCGCCCAUUUCGUCGCAUGCCCAGCAGCCUGGCGUCGCCAGCAUCAAGGAGGGUAUGUACCAAAACCCCCGCUGCAAUGUUCAACUCUUGUCUUUAUUGCGCGCACUUUGGGGCCUCACCUCUGGAGACACCCGCCCCUCUAUCGACCCGUUACUGACGUGCACCCAUUUCACAGAGGAUCUCGAUCGUGCCGCUGCCGCCUCCAUCUUUGCUCAGAAUCCCAAGCUCGUCCAGAUGAUCCAAGGAAGACUUGGUUCUCUCGUUGGCCGAUCCUCCGGCUACAUCGAGUCGCUGCCUCCCCAGGUGCGUCGCCGUGUUGCCGGCCUCAAAGGCAUCCAGAAGGAACACUCUAAGCUUGAGGCCGAAUUUCAAGAGGAGGUUCUCCAGCUCGAGAAGAAGUACUUUGCCAAGUUCACUCCUCUCUACGAGAAGCGUGCCAAGGUUGUCAACGGUGCCUCUGAACCUACAGAGGAGGAGAUCAAGGCCGGCGAGGAGGAUGACGAGGAUGAUGAUGAGGAGGUUGAGGAAGCUGAGAAGACCGAGAAGGCUGCCGAAUCCACUGAGCCGGUUUCUGGUAUCCCUGAGUUCUGGUUGUCUGCCAUGAAGAACCAAAUUUCUCUCGCCGAGAUGAUUACCGAUCGCGACGAGGCCGCUCUCAAGCACCUGAUCGAUAUCCGCAUGGAAUAUCUCGACAAGCCCGGUUUCCGCCUUAUCUUCGAAUUUGCCGACAAUGAGUUCUUCACAAACAAGACCGUCACCAAGACGUACUUUUACCAAAGUGAAAGCGGCUACGGCGGUGACUUCAUCUACGACCAUGCUGAGGGUGAUAAGAUUGAGUGGAAGGAGGGCAAGGAUUUGACUGUCAGAGUCGAGAGCAAGAAGCAGAGAAACAAGAACACCAAGCAGACCCGAAUUGUCAAGAAGACGGUGCCCACCGAAUCCUUCUUCAACUUCUUCUCCCCCCCCCAGGCCCCGGCCGACGAGGAUGAUGACGCUGCUUCCGACAUCGAGGAGCGCCUCGAGCUUGAUUACCAACUCGGUGAAGACAUCAAGGAGAAGCUCAUUCCCCGUGCCAUUGACUGGUUCACCGGCGAGGCUUUGGCCUUUGAGGAGCUCGACGAUGAUGACCUGGAGGGUGACUUCGACGAUGAAGACGACGAGGACGAGGAUGAUCUUAGUGAGGACCGUGACGAGGAUGAGGAGUCCGAGGACGACGUAAGUGACGUGUAA